CGUGGAUCCAUCAAUUUACGGAGUGUAUAAUAUUAAAGCGUUGAAAUUUGGCAGCAGAUCGGAGUUAGAAUUGAAAUAGCUAGUGCAUGCGUAGGAAUGAAGCCUAUGAUCAUGAGGAGUUUUGAUGGUUCAAUUCAUGUUUUGGGAGUGUGCUUCGUACUGCUAAUUUGCACUUGCCAGUUUACUGCAACAACGUCUGCUCAUCGCGAUCGGAGAAUGAACGAAGACGAUGACGAAUCAUCGGGUUUAGGACGGGCGGUGAUGGUAACGGAAAGGGGCCUUCUGGCAAAUGAGCUCGCUCUUAGACCCCAGAUGGGAUGGAGCACCUGGAAUCAUUUCCAUUGCGAUAUAAAUGAAAACCUUAUUCGAGAAACCGCUGAUGCAAUGGUCUCAACUGGGCUUGCUUCCUUGGGAUAUCAAUAUAUCAAUAUCGAUGAUUGUUGGGCUGAACAAAACCGAGAUGACCAGGGAAACUUGGUCCCAAAAGGCACUUCAUUUCCUUCUGGAAUCGCAACGUUAGCGGAUUAUGUUCACCAAAGAGGGUUGAAGCUUGGGAUUUACUCUGAUGCUGGCACACAGACAUGCAGUAAUACUAUGCCGGGAUCAUUGGGUUAUGAAGAACAAGAUGCCAGAACGUUUGCCUCAUGGGGAAUCGACUACCUUAAGUAUGACAAUUGUAAUAACAAUAAAGAAGAUGUUAAGGGAAGGUACUAUAAAAUGAAGGAGGCACUGCUUAACUCGGGAAGGAACAUCUUUUUUUCUAUGUGCGAAUGGGGACAAGAAGAUGUUGCCACUUGGGGACAAACUGCGGGGAAUAGUUGGAGAACGAGCGGAGACAUUGAAGACAAAUGGGAAAGUAUGACUUCAAAUGCUGAUCAAAAUGACCAUUGGGCAUCUUAUGCAUACCCGGGUGGAUGGAAUGAUCCUGAUAUUUUGGAAGUUGGAAACGGCGGCAUGACUUACUCGGAAUAUCGCUCGCAUUUCAGCAUUUGGGCAUUGGCUAAAGCUCCUUUAGUAAUUGGUUGCGAUAUCCGAUCAUUGGACAACUCCUCCUACGAAAUCCUUAGCAAUAAAGAGGUGAUUGAUGUUAAUCAAGAUGGACUCGGUCAUCAGGGGACAAAAGUUAAACAAGAUGGAGAUUUGGAGGUUUGGGCAGGGCCAUUGAGUGGGAACAGAGUGGCUGUGGUGCUGUGGAAUAGAGGAUCAACAGAGGCAACCAUUACCGCUUACUGGUCGGAUAUUGGCCUCAACUCAUCCAACACCGUCCACGCACGUGACCUCUGGGCGCAUACAAGGGUGAAAUCAGUUAAAGGACAAAUUUCAGCUAGUGUUCCUACACAUGAUUGCAAAAUGUAUGUGCUUACUCCAACUUCAAACCACAAGAACCGAAAGGCUCCAAUAGGUUUGCUUGUGUAAUUAAGAAAAAUGGAUGUUUCUAUACCAAUAUUAGUAAUUACGGAGUAAUAUAGUGUCAAAACAUUGUAACAAGUCGUCAUCUUUUUGUUAGUUUUCCUGUUUUAUUUUCCUAGUAAAUUGUGUUGUUACCUUUACUCUAUAUAACUAAUACUCCGUAUAAUUAAUAUUAGUAAAUUUUGCUAGUAAAUUUUGU